AGCAUUACAUCUGUGACUAAAAGCAUUCCGGGAGAAUUCAACUGAUAUCAAUUCAAAUCUGCCAAAAUGUUCAAGGUGAUUUGCUUCUUUCUGUUGUUGGCAGUCGUUUCGUGUAUUCCUGCGCCUCCCCAGCCGAUUCCCGCUGUAUUUGCUCCACAUUUGAGGGUUGCCCGGCAGGCUCAACAACCCAACAAGGAUGCUCCCGUAGAAAAAUCCGCCAUCGUUGAAUCAGGAGACGAUCAGACGAAAUCGGCGGCCGACGAUAUGGAGGGAGCUGAGACUUUCGGAUUCGGAUUCCACAAACACAUCCACGUGUAUCCGUCCUACCGAUCAUUCUAUCCAUCUUACUAUGGCGGAUACGGAUAUGGAGGCUAUGGAGGAUAUUACAACGAUUAUGGAUACGGUUACGCUCCGUACUAUUAUUAGUACAAAAUUACUUUAAAAAAUACUGAAAAAUAGAAUUGUAAAUAUUAACAU